AUGAAUAUCGCACGUAGAGCGAUGAUGCAGGUGCACAGGCGAGCUUUGUGGCAUGCCUGUCGGAUACCUCGGACUUUGUCUACUAUCCCAGGAAUGGAGCUUCCAGUACUUUCUGAGAAAUUGGAGGAGCUAGCUCGCCCCACUAAAAGAAGAAUCGAAGAAGCAAAGGUGUUGCACCCUGCAUUCUAUACGGAUCAGUCCUACGCACAGAUCGAGCGAGAACGCCUCUUUGGAAUGAAUUGGUUUGCGGCAGCACAUGUUCAUGAAGUCUCCCAACCCGGUGACGUCAAAGUUGUUGAGGUAGGAAAGACUUCGAUCAUUUUGACACGGGACAAGAACUACAAGUUGCACGCCUUCUACAACUCGUGCCGUCACAGAGGUGCUCGGGUUUGCUCAAGCAGUACCAAGGGAUGCAAGCAGCUGGUCUGCCCAUACCACUGGUGGGCAUAUCGAUUGGAUGGAAGCCUCAAAGCAACACCACCUGCAGCGAUGCCAAAGGAGCGAAAGGAGGAUCUAGGUUUACUUCGGGUGCCUGGCCUGGAGACCUUUGCAGGCAUCGUCUUUUUGAAUCAGUUGCCGAACCCUCCUCCUCUUCGUGACUGCCUCGGCGACCUGCCUGAGAAGCUGAAACGCUACGAUCUGGAUGACAUGGAGCUGUUCUCCACCAAGAACUACGACAUAGGAGGAGACUGGAAACUGAUUGCAGAGAACUUUGUGGACUUUUAUCACAUCGAUGCAGUGCAUCCAGAACUGUCGAGGUUUUCUCGAGUUGAUGACCACAUGCCAUACCAAGGUGAUGGCCAGUAUGUUGGCUUCGUGACAUCUCCUUUGACUGAUUGUGGAGGGCCAGGGGACAGCAUCAAGUUUGGCCAGUUUGCAAGACUUCGGGAAGUUGAGUCAAAAUCAGCUCUGUUCUUCCACAUAUUCCCGAACAUCUCAGUCACAAUCUACCCACAUUCAGUCUACACCUUGCUGACCUUGCCAUCCAAGACGCCAGGGCGAACAGAGGAACAACUUACGUUGCUAAUGGCGCCAGAAGCGCGCAAGAGUGAUGUCAGUGAAGACGAGCACCAGGAAAGAUGUAGCGCUUUAUUUGACUUCGUCACCAGCGUCAAUGACGAGGAUGCAGACAUCUUGAGAGAGCUGGCUACAGCAUCAGC